UUCUGAGCGAUCACAGGUGUUAUAGGAAGGCUGGUAUUUUGGUGUUGUUUGAAGAACAUGAGUUUGAAGAACAUUAGUGAGUGAGUGUUGAACACUGUGCAGAGUUCUGCAGGCUGAACCGCUAACGACUGGCGUUGAUGAGUUUUGCGAUUGAGGAUAACGGUGUGUGCAGCAGGCGAAGGAUUCGCGCGCGCUAAUUAUUCUCUGUUUUGUGUUUGCGUCGUUACGUUUGUGCAAUUUGGGAGAGCAGUGCAUCUAACAGGAUUUGCUUGCAGUGGUUGCAGUCGGAUUCUAAAGCGAGCGUAUUGGUCAGUGUGAUUUUUUUGGGGAAUCGAUCCGGAGAUUAAUCCGCAACUGGAAAUAAAGGAACUUUCCAUGCGUUGAUGGAUUUUGAAUGUUGUGUUGCUGAUUGGAAAUUGCGUAGGCCUUCAGCGUGAACAGAAUAAGAGAGUUCUUUGAUAGGAGAUUAUCAAUAAGAAGCCCUACAAAUCUGAUUGAAAAACGGUGAACGAAGACCGAAAAGCAUUGUGAAGUGUGAGAGUGAUUAUAUAGUGGCUGCAAGUGAUAGCGUUCGUUCGACCCGACUCAUUAUCGAAAUAUAAUCCCCUCAGAGUGUGCGAUCUACUUUGAAAGAAGUGUGAAUAGCAGCAGCGAAGGGAAAAAUUGCAUUUUUGUAAUUCCGGAUAUCACCGACGACCGCACAGAUAAACGAACGAAGCUGCUGGAUGGGAGAAAACAUUCUUCAAAGAACUGAUCACAUUUUUGUUUGAACAGCAGGCGACUACCCAAGCGGGACGAAGUGGAUUUACGAGAAAUAACAUAACAAAUACGACAACUCUUUGGGCACCGUGUGAAUUCCUGGUGGUUACUGUUGCGGGCUAUCAUUGCAGAAGCUGAUCAUUCGCGCCAAGUUGGUGAUUGCUGUUAGUGACCCAGCAGUAUCAGAAGCAGUAGCAGGUGGAGUCGCACAUGUGUGAAAGAACGAGGUGAUCAACACAUCUCGAACAAUUUCUGCGAAUCAAGUGAUCGUGAAUAGAAAAAGGUGAUUAGUUCGAGUCGAAUUCAAUCCGUAGUGGCUGUCAAGUGAAGAUCUCUUCGUGUGUAAUAGAAGAAAAGAUCGAGUUGACGGGUGUUGACAAAGUGCUUAGUGCGUAAAAAUCGCUGGAAAGAGUUUCUCAAGUGGCAAUUAAUACGAAUAUAAGAAGUAGAGGGAAAGAUCUGAAUGUGAUUGGCUGUCCUCAUCGUGUGUAUGUGUGUGAAUUGAAGAGGCAACUUAGCCACGAUCGAAAACAUAAUCGGAUUCAUUGUGCGCAAGUACGCCGCAUCGUCACUUUGGCCUCUCCGCCAUUGACAGCAGCCGAGCUACGGAGUAGCUCAACACGCGACUUCUUGUUGACCCGGCUUUGGAAAUCUUCUCAAGUAGAUUCAAUUCCAGUGCAUCGCCACCACUAUAAGACGUUCGCUGUGGCAGCAACCGUUAUUCACCAUCCACCGGAUUUUAGCUAAUUAGUCCCCCACAAUGACCAACCGGAGGCGCUGCGGGAGCAGUAGAGGCCCCAACAAAAGCUGGCACCGAUGUUCGACCGUCCUGUCCGUGGCCCUACUGACAGUAGCCGCCCUCGCCGGUGGCAGCUGGGCCAUGACCAACAGUGUGUUCAAAGCAUUCAGCAAAGAUCAAACGGUCACGUCCAGUACGCUGGCAUGGGAGAAGUUCAACGGCGAGAAGACACAACUGCAAUAUGCGGUGCAAAGUUACAACCCGGCGGAGCAUCCCCGCUCCAAGGAACUGCUGGACAGUGACCAGCUAAGCCACGCCAGCUACGUGUGCCGGUUACAGAUCGAGGGUAUCUACUGUGCCGGUCAGACGCACAUGGAGGACUCGUCCACCAUCUGUACGGUGUCGCUGCAGUCGGACGUCCGGCGGCAUCGGACGUUCGAGGUGCUGGUGAAUCGAAACGGGGGCGGAAAGCUCAAGUGGCAACCGUGGAACAAGUUCCGUACGGAGAAGUUUCCCGGUGCCGUCAGCGCCAGCAUCGGAAAGGUUGAUGAUUACUAUGUGGCACGCUAUAAGUUGGUACACCACGGCCAUCACCACCCCUACAUUGUGGGCAAUUACGACCCACUAGAGAAGCUCGGUGGCAGAAUUUGGGCUCCGCUUCCGGGAAUGCCAGAAACUGUGGAACAUGAAAGUGGAGACCUACUUGUGGAAAUUGAGCCUGUACAGUACGAACUGCGAAAUAUCAAGUUGAACAAACUGCGUACCGUUAUCAGGAAAAAUACCACUAUUCUAGGAUCAACCAUCCUAUCGAAUGAGGAGGACAUCACCAAUCAGGCUGAAACUGUCAUCACGUACGACUACACCAAAUUGACCUAUUACGGACGGCAGUUGGGCGUUGGCAAUGGCGUGCCAACUAAGGUUAUUGAUCCCCGGACGCAACAGCCUGUUGAUAUCUUCUGGGGUGUUGAACUAACGGAAAGGAAGUUUGAGACCAAGGCCAUCAACACGAUACUGCAACCUGGAACGGCCAUCAACGUGACGCUGCUGGGCAACUAUACUGAAAUGGAAGCUCCUUACCAUGCGAACCUGAAGGCGUACUACGACGAUAAUAGUGAUCCGGUGUCGAGGAAGCUGUCUGGAUAUAUGCUCAGCAAGGACAUGGAAGACGUCAAGAUCGAAUUCAGUCCCAUCUACUGGAUCGAAAAUGGUACCCUGGUGCCAACGACGACGACAACAACUACAACGACCACCACGUCCACGACGGAAGCGACCACCACAAACGAUCCGGUGCCCAUUACCGACACUCCGCUCGAAAGUGUCGGUAACCGGGUCGGCCUGGACGAGGAAAUGAGCAACGAAAUAAACAGCCGGGAGGAGGUUGCCAGCAGCCGGAGUAUCGAUAAGCCGGAAAGCAGCAUCAGUCUGUCGAGCAUCGGUGGCUCCGGAGCUUCCGGCAAGAGGCAAGGUGGCAACAGCGGGGCGACCACAACCCGGUGGUUGUCCUCCGGGACGAUAGCUGCUGUGGUGGCGGCCGGCAGUUUGGCGAUUGUGGCACAACGGAUUUAACUCUAGGCUUUUCGACGUAGCUUGUAAGUUGUUUCCUUUGUGAAGAAGAAAAGUGAGUUCAUUUUAAUUUACUUUCAAUACCAACUUCAGUUUUGUUGUUCCUGUGUCCGUUUUUAUGAUUUUUAUAUAAUUAAUUUAAGUAAGAAAGGGUGAACGAGCUCAGAAUAAUGAUCUGAAGAAAUGUGAUGAAUAUUAGGGAUGUAGGUAGGGUACAAGUGGAAGAAAAUCAAUUUCUCAUCAUAUUGCUCUUGUUUUUAGUAGAUAAUAAGUGCGCGUAAGUUUUUGAAACUAAGUUGGAGAAACAACUAUAUCAUUAUGGAAUGAAUUAGGGAAAAUUACGGUUAAAUUUAUUACAGAAUAAUUGUCAUAUUUUCUCCUAUCGAAUAGUGCAAAAAAUCGAACCAGUGAAGAAUUUGCAGUCCAGCCUCGUGGAGUAGCUUCUAUCUUAAAGUUGUGUAUAAAACAAAUUCGCUCGAUGCGAGUAUUCAACGUAAAACAAAGAAACAUCUAUGCUCGUCUCAUGUAAAUAUAGUUAAAGUAUUUGAUUAGUUUAGCAUUAUUAUUAUAGCUUAUCUAAAUUGAUUAUUAUGUAGUCAACAUUAAAAAAGGCUUAUUUUAUGAGUAGGGUGAUCACGGGUAGCAGUUCGAUCGAACGAGAAUACUUAAUCGACAAUUCUCACGUCACCCUAGUCGUAGAAUAAAUUUUAAAGAAAAGAAAAAUUGCGUCCUCAAAA